UUCGGGGACUGCUGCGUGCUUGGUCGGUGGGUGCCCUUCUCAACUGGGGCUGGGCUCAUCCAGUUUGUCGUGCGUACUAGCGACGACCGCGUUAUCUCGUAUCUUCUUCCUCGCGGUAGUGUGGCGCGUCGCACGACCGUGGUCACACACGUUGAAAGUCUUGCCGCCAUCCGGCACAUCGGUGUAAGCGGACCGUAGUACAAGAGCGCACAGGACGUGGAUACCUCCCCUUCGAGACCUGUUGAUUGCACCCGAAGAUGGCACAACGCAAGCUCAACUUUUCGGCCGGACCUUCAGCUGUGCCGUUGGAAGUGCUUCAAGUUGCGCAGGAAGAGAUGCUGAAUUAUAAAGGAUGUGGAGCCAGCGUCAUGGAGCUGAGUCACCGGUCAGCUGAGUUCGCAGAGAUAGUGGAGACUGCCGAAGCCGACCUGAGAGAUCUGAUGGGCAUUCCUUCCAACUACAAAGUGAUCUUCAUGCAAGGUGGAGGCACCGGCCAGUUCAGUGCCAUCCCGCUUAACCUGUGUCCGCGAGGCAAGGAGCAAAAGGCCGACUACGUCAUCACUGGCACUUGGUCAGCCAAGGCAGCCAAGGAGGCCGAAGCUCACAUCCAGGUCAACAAAGUCCUUCCCAAGGUUGACAAGCACGUGGGCAUUCCACCACAGAGUGAGUGGAAGUGCAGCCCAGAUGCAGCCUACCUCUACUACUGUGACAACGAGACCAUUCAUGGUGUCGAGUUCAACUUUGUCCCCGACAGUGGGUCAGUGCCCUUGGUGUGCGACAUGUCUUCCAACAUCUUGACAAGACCGGUUGAUGUGUCAAAGUACGGAGUCAUCUUUGCGGGUGCCCAAAAGAACCUUGGCAUGGCCGGCGUCACAGUAGUCAUUAUCCGAGAAGACCUGAUCACCCCGCCAGCAACCCACUGCCCGAGCGUGCUCAGUUACAAGAUCAAUGCUGAGAACAAGUCGUUAUACAACACACCUCCCACAUAUGCCAUCUACAUCCUGGGCCUGGUUCUCAAGUGGAUCAAGCGAAAUGGUGGCGUGGAAGGCAUGGCGAAGCGAUCGGCAGAGAAGUCCAGGCUUAUUUAUGAACUCUUUGACAAGUCUAAUGGCUUCUAUGUGUGCAACGUGGAUCGUGCGCAUCGAAGCCGUGUCAACAUUCCAUUCCGCAUAGGGGGAACCCAAGGGGAUGAGGAGCUUGAAAAACUUUUUCUCAAGGAGGCUGCCAAGAGAAACAUGAUUCAACUAAAGGGACACAGAUCGGUUGGCGGCAUUCGGGCAUCUGUGUUUAAUGCCAUGAGUGUGGAAGCGCUUACACCGUUCUUGGAGUUCGCGAGAGAAUUUGAAAAGGAGCACCAUAAAUAGACUUGGCAUUAUACAACCAUUCCAUGGAAUACACUGGACAGUGGAGUCACAAUGCCCUGACUAUUUUAGGGUGGCUGCCAGUGACUAUUGCUUCGAGCCCUCAUAACACAACUACAGACAGUGUGUAUUGUUACUGCAUGCAUUUUACAGUUUAUACAGACAAGCAUUUUAUUGAACAGAGUCUUGAACUUGCCUUCCAUGGUGACUUUUUAACACUUCACCCUAUUCCCUACAACAUGGAAUCCAUACAGAGGACCUUUCCUGUGACAGUUUUCUCAGCACAUUUCUACACAGUGGUGCCUUAAAUAGGUGAAUAAAUUUCCUUCUUCAUUUUGAGGCUGCUGUUUUUCAAGCUGCAAAUACAUAGUGCCCCCCUAGACCACCAAGCAUGUUGAAUUCUGGCUUUUUUCUGUCUCUUCUCAUCAAAGUACUAUUCAUAUGGUAUACAAAUAUUUGACUCUGAUUAAAGAAUGCUGGAGCCCAAAAUUUAAGUAAAAGAAACAAGCUUCAUAAUUAGCAAAUAGUACUGAAAUCUUCUUAGUUGCUAUUUGCUACAGCUGAGCAAUCACUCAGUUGUCCAGGUGCUUCAGACAGUUAACGCGGAUUUUCGAUCAACUUGCCUAAUGUAAAAGUAAGAUACAGGUCAUCUUCUGGCCCAUCGCGCACAGUUCCAGUUUUACACUGUUAUGAUGCUUUUCCCAUUCAAACCAAAAGGCUUUUCCGGAGGCAUUUCGAGAGCCCUUAAAUUCAGCCAUGACGGCAAAAAUUUAACGGAGCAGUACUACUUUUAAAAUACCUUUGAUACCGAAUUAAAUUUUUCGUUGCAGUUCUGCAGUAGGUAAAUGUCAAGUAUAUUAAGUUUUUAUUGCUUCGCCUUGGUCCAGUUUCACGAUUGGUGUGCUGUCCUACAUUUCUGAAGUAGCUAAAUAAACCUGUCAUUACUCGCUGUGUA